UUCCCCUCCCACCCUCCUUAUAUAAACCCCCACACUCUUUCUCUCACUCCCAACUUCCACCUCUCUCUCUCUCUCUCUCUCUCUAAAAACUGGUUUCAUUUGUGUGAACUCAGCUGCUUCUAUCACCACCUCUGUUUUCCUCUGUUUCAAUUUCAGACUAUUUUUCUUGAUUCUAUUGAUAUGGCUCUUGAAGCGCUCAACUCACCAAGAUUCCCCCACCAAAACCUGGCAACCCCUUUCAAGAACAACUCGCCCUGGGCGAAGGGAAAACGAUCAAAGAGGCCGCGCAGCAUGGAAGCCGCUCCACCCACCGAAGAAGAGUACCUCGCUCUCUGCCUCAUCAUGCUCGCUCGCAGCGGCACCACCACCACCACCGCCUCCACGUCCACCUCCACCUCCACCGCGUCUCCUCCGUUGCAGCAACAACCGCUGUUUCCAACGGAAUCGAAGCUCGUUCACAAGUGCAGCGUUUGCGACAAGGCGUUCGGGUCUUACCAGGCCCUGGGGGGCCACAAGGCCAGUCACCGGAAGCUCGCCGGCGCCGGAAGCGAUAAUAACUCUACCACCACCACUUCCGGCGGAGUUGCGGCCGUGAGCGGCGGGCGGACGCACGAGUGCUCGAUAUGCCACAAGUGUUUUCCGACGGGGCAGGCGUUGGGAGGGCACAAGCGCCGACACUACGAGGGCGUCGUUGGCGGGGGAAACAGCGGGGUUACGACUGCGGCGACGUCGUCGGAAGGUAUGGGUUCCACGAGCAGCCACCGUGGUUUCGACUUGAACUUGCCGGCGUUGCCGGAGUUUGUAUUCGGCCGCGGCGACCAGGAGGUGGAGUCGCCGCAUCCGGCGAAGAAGCCUCGCAUGGUUCUGUUGCCGGCGAAGUGGGAAGUCUGAUUGAGAUUAGUACUAGUAGAUUUAGGAAAUUCUAGGGUUUGGGAUUUAGGGAUUCUUUGGGAAGCUGAUUUAGAUUUUACGAUUUUUAUAUCUUUUUUUAGUUAUAUGUAUUUGGGCGGUGACAUAUCGCUUGUGUACAUGAUAUUGUGAGAAUUUAUUUAUUCUUUCGAUUAAUAGAAAUUUUAUCUUCAUGUUUC